AUGUACGGCGUCACCCAUCCGCGGCAAGGGAACGGCGGCCAAAAACGAAAACAGAAGAGGCCGAUGGAUCAAGCUGCAGCGACUGGGCCGCCUGUUCUUUUACCUUCCAUUAAAACGGACGCACGUAGCGUUGUGGAGGCAAGGAACUUCGAUGUAAUGUGCGGGGCAGAGAUAACAACGGCCACUGAACAGAAGUAUAGGAACACCGGUUCGAUGAGUGGUGGUGUCCUGGGGUUGGACUCAUCUCCAGAGACAAUAUUGAAUAUGAACAAGGAGGCUAUGUCGCUUCUAAAUAAAGGUAAGAUGGGCGCUUGCGAAGACGUGUUGCAGACGGCGUUGCAACUAGCGGAAUCAGGGGUGCAGAACUGCCGUCAUGCCAUCAUGAUGUCGGCUGACCCAACAAAGCAGGAGGAACUUGAGGCGUGGCAGCUUGUCUUCGCAACAACACUAAGCAACAUGGGUUCCGUCCAACGUCGCGUUGAUCAACCACAGGACGCCUUGCGGUAUCUGCAAGAUGCGUGCGGCGUAGAGGAAGAAGUUUUUGGACAGCCAACCUGCUCCACACUAUUGAAUCUCUCAACUGUAAUGCUAAACCUCGGGUUAUUUGACGACGCACUGAACAUGGCACGUAACUGCGCCAGUACAGCCGAGGGUGGAGACCCUUUACUCCACAUCAUCGCGCUGCAUAACUAUGGUAUAGCGUUACGAAGUCAUCCGUCAAGUGAAAUGAAGCAGUCUGCCGCACCGGUUCUUAUGAAAGCGUUGCGCGAGGCGGAGUCAAACUUAGGCAAGGACCACCCCACAACCCUUAUCAUCCGCCAACGAUGCGGCAUGGCAGCCGCAACACCAGCACGAACGUCAACACCUGGAAGGUCUGUUAGAACGCCACUACAGCAACGCAGAUCGGGGAGUUCGGGCGCCAAGAGUAGUGUCAGUUCUGGAUAUUCAGUUAAACAAAGGAGAAAGCAGGGUUCUGGAAGCCGCACAAGUCGCGGUAACUCUACUUCAGGCAAGCGCAAGAGUGCCACGGGGCAGAAAGGUUCCACUCUCCCACCGGUCGGUCAAGCACCCGUUGACCGACUGCGGGUGAAGCAAGCCAUACAAAGACUGGAUUAUGGUGAGAUAAAGAAGGUAGUAACGACGAAAAUGGAAGAGUGCGAAUCAACUCCGUCAGCGGUGUCAUCCGAGACUGACGAAGAACCAGUCACGCCUCGACCCUCCGCUCCCCCUUCGCAUCUUCCACCUCCGCUCCCGCCCAUCGCCGUGCAGGAAAUGAGCGUGUCAACACACAACUCACAGAAAUGUUCGGAUGCCUCCCCUUUCACGCCCAUUUUUGCGGUGCUAAACGACAAUGUGAUGAGCCUUGGAUCGGCAAGUGGUGACAAAUCUGCCUUUUCCAACGAAAUGGUGUGGAGGUGGCAACCACCAGUUGAAGUGGUGGAAGCUGCGGUGCCGUCUCUGCGGGAGACUCAGGAGGAAGCCCCAACUUCGAAAGUCGAGGCAACCGCAACCCCGCCUGCUGUUCCUGCGGCUAAUGAAGAGGAAAAAGUGGUGCCAACGAUCAAAAAUGAGGAAAGGAAGGAAGAGAUGAUUCAGAAGCAAAGUAGAGCCAGCAGCAUCAGACAUUUAAACAAGCGAGGUAGCAUGCGCCGUGGAAAAGAGAGAAGGAACGAAGAACGGGACAGUGAUGUGCGAAACAGAAGCACCGGAAGUAAAAAGUCCUCGAAACUCGGUUGUUGUGGCGGAUAUAUCAAUCUAUGUGAAAGCUUCUCUGAGGGGAGGCCCUCAUUCCUUCAUUUUGGCGAUCAGGAAGCUGCUCCACACGCUGCUGUGUCUGCAACUGAACCAAUGCAACACCAGUUCCCCGGUAGUGUGGGUCCCACCAACGAUCCUGUUUCGCGAAGGGAACAGAGAAGGAGGGAAAGACUUCUUUUGGGUUUUGAUGAUUUCGAUGACAUUGACAUCGACGAAGAAGAAGAGGAAGAGGAGGAGGAAGAAGAGGAAGAGGAAGAAGAAAAAAAAGAAAGGGAGAAACAGCGGGACGCGAAGGAAAGAGGUGAGGGAACUCCCGGUAGGUUCGCGGUUGGCGAUGCGGAGCAAAAAGGUGAAAAAAAGAGGAUGGGAAUCAGCAAAAUUAUCGGAACUAGUCCAGCGGUGCGUCGCCUGCAGCGUAUUGAAAAGGAGAAGCAAGAAGAAGAGGCUCUCCGAGCGCGUUGGGAGAGAGAAGCCGCAGAGCGAGCAAAGAAAGAAAUUUUUGAGCGCUCACUAGAAAAAAUUGUCCACCGCACGAGAGUACGAGCAGCCACCACUAUCCAAUUGGUCUGGAUUGAGUGGUGGGAGAACAUCGGCAAACGAAGGCGCGAGUUGUUGAACAAGCGGGCAGCCGAUAGGGAAAGAAGGGAAAGGUUGCGGCUGGCACUUCUCGACUACGAAAGCCGUCUCGCACAGCAGCAAAGCAAGAAAGCAGCCCCAGCGGUCGUUGAGGUCGGUAUUCCAUCGGUCAUUAAGUGUGUAAAGAGGUGGAUGGAAAAAACAGCGUGUAUUAUUUAUGCUGUGCAAAAGGGUUUGCGGCGUGAGGAACGAGACAACAACUUUUUCCGUUCAAUGAUUGUCAAAAUACAGUCAGCUUGGCGGCGCAUCCAAGCCAAGCGGCGUUCACGGGAAAUUGCGAUUACACGGGAUCAGAGGCGAGCAGAAACUCUGGAAAGAGAACCUCAGGAGUAUGCCGCUCUUGUCAUUCAAAAGUUCGUCCGAUGUGCCUUUGCGAGGCAAAAAAGGAAGCAGCUUAGAACAGAGCGCUACAGACCAGCAGUGAUCAAGGUUCAGCGGUGGUUCCGCCAAACAUAUGCUCGCGCCCGAAUGCGUGGCACCGACGUUGUGUCUUGCUGGAGAAGGAAGUACUCUGCGCGCCUUAUUCAAAGGGCGUGGCGGGGGUAUCUCGGUCGCCUCAACGAUGCAAUGAAUAAUCUUCGCUUCAAGCUGAACGAGACCCGCCGACGGGAACGCGAGGCGGCCACGACGAUUCAACGUGUUGGCCGCGGGCAUCUCUUGAGAUGUCAGGUAGCAAAACGUGCGAAAGAUAUUGAUCGCAUUUACUCGACCAUGCGCUUUUUAGAGUUGAAGGCUACGGAUGGGGUGGAGGAACAACAGCCGCUGUCUACGCAUGCCACGCUCCCCGCUUACCUUCCCUCCGAUGCCGAGGAGGUGGCUCGCGUCGCCGAGCUGGAGCGGGAAAAGUAUCAUAUCGGGAUGUUUGUGGAGGAGGUGGCGAAGCGCGAGCGGGAGGCGUGGAGCGAUGCGCUUCGCUUCCGUCCGUUUGAGGUGCAGCGGCGCCGCGCCGGUGAGGAUCUUUUGUGCCAGUUAGAAUUCAACGUUUACCGACGAGAGAGGGCUGCAACGAAGAUUCAGCGGGAGUUCCGAGCUUGGCGUCGGGUACGUCACGACGUCCUUCGCGAUAAGACACUCCUCAUGAAAGGGCGGGGUGACUACAUGCAAAACUUCUUUGACAAUAAGGUUCAGAAGAUGUUACACAGGAGGCGGUAUGAAGGAGGAAAGGAACUCUACGGUGAUCACGCCCGCCCCAUGCGGGAAAUGAAAGAAGAGGCGCAAAGUGAGCUGCAGGAGCUCUGCCCGCUGGUGCGCACACACGCCCAUCCGACCGAAUUGCGAACCCGUGAGGAACGAUGCAAAGCGGAAGAAGAAUUGCUACAUGACGAAGAACUCGUGGCGAGCGAGCAGGUGUCGGAUUGGCUCAACUUCAGGAGAGAGACGCUUAUGAAUCGGUUUAGGGAAGAGGUAAGUAGUGCCCGCGGCUCUUGCUUCUAG